AUGAACCAGGACAGCCAAACCUGCAGUUGUUCUCUCCAUGUAACAAUAGCUACCCUAUUACUCCCAGCUGCUCCAAUCGCCGCACUUGGUUCUUGGCGAUCCGACUGGGCUUUGUGGGGCGGCUUUCCGAAGAAGAUUGGAAAUGUCCAAGAAUUGCCUGCCUGGUGUGCUCGCAGCAUCCUGACCAUUAUCAAGGAUGCGGCUACGAUUGCAUCGAACGCGGAGAAUGAUUUGAAAAGGUGUCAGGAUGAAGACCUUGUGGGCAUGAAGUGCGCCGCGCCUGCGACAAAAGCCGUCCGCGCAGCCAGCGACGCAGGGAAAUAUAUGGCCGAGUUUGAGGUCAGAGGUUGCGAUCAGCAGCGGGUGCGAGGAUACUUUGGGGUGCUCUACACGAAUGGAGGGGGCAGCAUGGGAAUAUGA